ACUCUGAUUACUGAUUAGGUAUACAAUUAAAUACAGAAUAAUAAAUAAUAUGUAUACAUUUUUAUAAAUUAGAUGACACAAUAUAUUAUUUAUAUGUAAUAUACUAUAAUGUAUUUUUCAAGGACGUGGAUAUUAAAUCAGGAUCAAGGAAAGUUGGUAUACGCCGUGAUCAUAUUAUUUUUAAUAGUUAGUUCGGUGUUUUGCGAAGUGGAAGUAAAAAUUACCAAAGGAAUUUUAAAAGGUCAAAUUUUGAAAUCUAGAAAUGAACGACCUUAUUACUCGUUUACUGGUAUACCGUAUGCAAAACCACCCGUUGGAAAACUUCGAUUUGAGGCUCCGGAACCAGUUGAUCCAUGGGAUGGUACAUUAGAUGCCACUAAGCAUUCAAACGCAUGUGUCCAAAAACAUGAUACUAAUAGCAGUGAAGAUUGUCUAUAUUUAAAUGUAUACACGCCAAGUAUAGAUGGUGAUUUUCCCGUGAUGUUUUGGAUUCACGGAGGGGCGUUUUAUUUAGGACACAGUAGUCCGAAUAUGUUUGGUCCGGAUUAUUUUAUGGAUACAAACGUAAUUUUGGUCUCGAUUAAUUUUAGACUAGGCAUAUUAGGUUUUUUGAGUACCGAAGACGAUGUUAUACCUGGAAACUAUGGAAUGAAAGAUCAAGUUCUAGCAUUACGGUGGGUUCAAGAAAACAUUGAUAAAUUUGGUGGUGAUCCUGGAAAAGUUACUAUUUUUGGUGGAAGCUCUGGUGGAGCCAGUACUGGUUAUCACAUGUUAUCGCCGAUGAGUAAAGGCCUAUUCCACAAAGCUAUACUCCAAAGUGGUACUCCAUUAUGUCGUUGGAGUACAUAUCUGCCGGGCGUAGCUCGCAAUCGAAGUAAAAUAAUUUCACGUAUAGCUGGAUGCGAUGGAAACUUAUCUUCUAAAAAUAUGUUGAAAUGUCUCAAGACGUUACCCGAAAGAUUUUUCAGUGAUGUGUAUGAAAAACUUUGGGAAUGGCGAUCGUAUCCAACUGUAUUAUUUUCACCAGUAGUGGAGCAAUGCGACUCUGGUCGAGAAGCGUUUAUUUGUCGUCAUCAGUUAAACGACUUCAAACAAGAAUCAUUCGUGCCGGCCAUUAUCGGAUUAAAUUCAGCUGAAGGUGGAAUGAUAGUUUCUUCUUUGUACAAUGACACGUUUAUUCGAUAUCCAGAAUUGUAUACAGAUUUAAAUCGCUUGUUAUCGAUCAUACUAUCACAUCAGCAUUUUACAUUGGAUUUGGAUGAAAUUGGUGAAAAUGUAUUCAAGAAAUAUUUUCCAUCUGGAAAAAUUGGAGAUCAUUCACAUUUUAAAACUGUUGAAAUGAUUACUGACGGUCGUUAUCUUCACGGUAUAUUAGACAUGGCUUUCAAACUGGAGUCUCCGGUGUAUUUUUAUUUAUAUGAUUAUCAAAAUGAAUUUUCAUUUAAUACUUUAUAUGGUAAAUGUAAUAAAAAAUUAGGAAUCACGCACGGUGACGAGUUGACCAGUUUAUUCAAAUCAGAUAUCAUAAAUCCUAGAAAAUUAAAUUUAAGAGACACGGCGGUUUCAAAGCUGAUGGUUGAUGUUUGGACAAAAUUUGCUACAGAAAAAUUACCUACUAUUGAUGGUACAAUAAAUGGUCCAGCUUGGCCUACAUUCGACUUACAGAGACAAUCAAUACUUCACAUACAUUCAGAUCAUCCAGAUAUUAUACAAAAUCCGUUUGAAGAAAAAUAUAUAUUUUGGAAUAAAUUGCCUCUUCUUUCUAAUUUCAAGAAAGUUAUUUCUAAAAAUAAAUUUUCUUCAGAUCAUAUGAAAAAUGAGUUGGCAAAUAUGUUUGACAUUGUCAUCUUAAAAUGUAUAUUUUGUACUAUGUAUAAAUUGCAUAUGAUUUGUCAUUUUUAUUAUCAAUUAAUAAUUACAAUGAAAACAUUUGGUAUUCUUAUGCUACUAGUCGGACUCGUAUUUGGCACGGAUAAUAUUUUGAAUUUAAGUCAAGGAAAGAUAAAAGGUAGUGUUUUCAAGUCAAGAAAUGGACGAGAUUUUCUAGCAUUCCAGGGAAUACCUUAUGCCAAACCACCGAUUGGAGACCUUAGAUUACAGGAUCCUGUAGAAGCAAAUUCAUGGAGUGGUAUUUUAGACGCAACCAAAGAAAAACCAAUGUGCAUUCAAAAAAAUUUGUUCAUGUAUGAAACAUAUAAUACACUUUUGGGUGUUGAGGAUUGUUUAUACAUUAAUGUAUACACUCCUAAGAUCCAUAAAAAAAAUCAAAAUGACUUGCUUCCGGUUAUGGUUUGGAUCCCAGGUGGAGGUUUCAGCUCAGGACAUGGAGGUAUGAGUUUAUACGGUCCUCAAUAUUUGCUAGACAAGGAUGUCGUUGUUGCUUCUUUCAACUAUAGAGUUGGACCUCUAGGUUUUUUAAGUACCGAAGAUGAUAUUUUACCAGGAAAUUAUGGUAUGAAAGACCAAGUUUUAGCAUUGAAGUGGGUCAAAAAUAAUAUUGAAAAGUUUGGCGGAGAUCCGAAUAAAGUAACAAUAUUUGGUGAAAGUGCUGGAGGAGUCAGUGUUGGAUUACAUUUAUUAUCUCCAUUGAGCAAAGGAUUAUUUCAUAAAGCAAUACUUGAAAGUGGGACUCCUCUAUGUCGAUGGGGUGUAUCUCCACCUGGAUGGGCUAAACGUAGAGCCUCAGCUCUAUCUACUAUUUCUGGAUGUCCUGAAGACUCAAAACAGUUGGCUGAAUGUCUGAGGGAUAUGCCUGCAGAAUUAUUAGUAGAUCUUCUCUACAACUUAUUUGAAUGGAAAGUGUUCCCGGCAAUCACUUUCAUGCCUGUUGUCGAAAACUGUGAAAAUAAAACAGGGUUUUUAUGUAAAUAUCCUUUGGUUGACUUUAAACAAGAAACCAAUGUUCCAAUUUUAAUGGGUAUGAACUCCGGAGAAGGUGGUCUUUUUGCUGCUCGAGUCUAUAAUGAAAAAUGUGAAGUUGAUCUCGAAUUAAAGAAUAAUUUUAAUCACUAUAUUUCAUCGUUGCUUAUUUAUAAAUACACGGCAAAGGUGUCUGAUCUUCCCAUAAUUAGUAAAAAAAUAUAUAAACGUUACUUUGUUAAAGGCAAUAUGGAUGAUCCUUUAAAUUCUGUUAAAAUGAUUAGCGGUGGAAUUUUUCUAGAAGGAAUAUUUGAUAUGGCAAUCAAACUAUCAUCACCGGUUUAUUAUUAUGUUUAUAAUCAUACAAAUGAGAUGUCAUUUAAUUCAUAUUUUGGACCAUGCCCCACAAAAUUAGGUGUAACGCACGGUGAUGAAAUGAUAAGUCUAUUCUUUACAAAGGGCCAGGCUGAAUUAAAAGGGGAGGAUCUCAAUGUAUCUAAACUUAUGAUCGACAUAUGGACUAGUUUCGCUAUCACUGAUAAACCCACGAUUGAUGGUACUGACAAUGGAAAAAAAUGGCCACUGCUUGAUUCCAAAAGUAUGCAAUAUCUGUUGAUUAGUUCAAGUAAACCUAUCAUAUCCAAGAAGCCAUUCAUAGAAGAGUACAAAUUUUGGAAAAGCUUACCAUUAUUAUCACAAUUUGAGAAGACUGAAGAGGUUUUAAAAACUGAACUUUGAUUUAAAAACAAUUAAAUGCAAGUUUAUACACAUAUAAUAUAUUAUAUAUUUUUUAA